AUGUCAAACCUACCUAAACCACACAGUACAACUUUUUUAAGAAAGGAAUCCGUGAGCUUGUUGAAAAGAAUUGUGGAGAAAAAGAUCAUAAGCCAAAAAUUGCUUAUCAUAGACAGACUAGACAAUUCAGAGAAAAUUCAAGAAGUCCUAAUCUCAAAUCAACUCCUGGGAACAGUCACCAAAAUUGAACCUUAUGAUGAACAAGUCAUCCAGGAAUUCUAUUGUCACCUAACCAAAACCACUACAAUACCUAGUAGUCCUAUGUAUGGGAAGGUAUACCUGAGAUGCAAGUUUUAUGAGCUUAGACCAGAUACAAUCAACCACUACUUAGGGACACCUGAGUCUGAACAAGAGAUGGAACUAAACAGUGAACAAGUUGCAAAGGAACUUACAGCAGGAAAUGUCAUUUUUGAAAAGAACAAAAUCAAAGCAGCCUCUUUGACAAGCAAAUAUGCCAUCCUCCAGAAGAUAGCCCUUGUAAACUGGAUGCCCUCACUACAUGAAUCCACUGUAAAGUGGACCUUGGCAGAGCUGCUAUACAAGAUAGGGAAAGGGGUGAAAAUCAACAUGGGUGCUAUCAUUCAUACACAAAUCACAAACCUAGCAGAAGACACCAAAUCCAGCACCUCCCUGAUCUUUCCAAACCUCAUCUUUGCCAUCUUGACAAAACAAGGCCUCAAAACUCAUGGACCAAAAACCAUUGUCAAGAACAUCAACACUACAGUCAAACUAAGGAAGGGAAACCACCAAAAUGAUCUAAAGACUUCUGCUCCAAAGAACAAUCCACUUGAUUCCAAGACACUAAUCAACUACUUUGAGGGAAGACUGACAGAAUUGGAAGUCUCAGAAAAACAACUCCUAAGGAAACACAUGGACAUCAAGGAAGAAAAAGCAGAGAUAAUAGAAUGGCUGGCAAUCCUAAAAGCAGAGAAUGAAGAAGAUCAAGAGAAAAAUCAAGAAUCAGAAGAAGAAAGUCAAGAGCAUUCUCAAGAAAAAAGUGUUGAAACUCCUGUUUCAACAUCAGAUUCAGAAGAUAACCUUUUAGCAAAAAAGGGGGAGAAACAAGGAUAG